CAUUUGGCGGAUGUCAAGCGGCAGUCGCCUAGACUUCCUCCUCCAUUCUGAUACUCUCUGAUGACCAGAGGUCUGAGAGCUACAGUUUCUUCAAAUAUUCCAAGCUUAAAACUGUCCUCAAUUGGCUCCGAAGUUUUUCUUCAGAAAAUCCUUUUCAUGCCAGAAUGAACCAAAUUAUUUAGGAUCCAUCGCCACUGCACAUUUUAUUCUGCAAUAUCAAAGCUCAGAUCAUCCCAAAAACCAAAUAAGUACAGGUAACAAAGUCUACAUACCUUAUUCUUCCCGUCUAUAUGAUACUAUUCUUCUUGUCCUUGACUACAUUUGCUUAAAAAUGAUACCCCGUAACCUGAAUUUGACCAUUAGCAAAUAAUUGGGUUUGGAUAUUACCAUCCGUAUCAAUGACAAUAUCAAACCCGAUCAGAAUACACACGUACACAUAUGUUAACCUUUAAUAGCUACAUACACAUGUUAGGACGUCAAUAUUUUGUUAAUAUCCAUUAUAUCCAUUGCAUUGAUUGUACAUCCAGAGACAAUGCACCAAUUGUGGUAUCUGAAUCCGGAUCCAAAACCCGAUAUUCAUAGUGAAUAUGGGUUUGAAAUCUAAAGGGAUCCUACCCAUUUCACACCCUUCCUUUGUCCUCAAUCGUUCCCUCCACCCUUUAUUUAACUUUUCUUUCUCUGAACCUCCUUAUAAGUUUUCCUCCGCCUAGAACUCCCAUCAAAUGAACCCUCAAUCAAACAAAAUCCAUCAAAAAAUGGCGAGAUACACUCCAGCCAAUAGCAGAGACCUAAAGACCCUCCUCAAUCAAGACGAUCCCAAAGCUCGUCGCAAGGCCACAGAGCCUCCCGUUGAGAGACUAGUCCAUUAUCCAGGGCAAGGACUCGAGUUCGAGAACCUGUCAUAUAGUGUAAUGAAGAAGCAAAAGAAAGAUGGUGAAUGGAUCACUAAGGAAGCUUAUCUACUCAAUGACAUUUCUGGACAAGCUCUCCGAGGGCAAGUCACUGCAAUUCUAGGCCCUAGUGGUGCUGGAAAGUCCACGUUUCUUGAUGCGUUGGCGGGAAGAAUCGCUCGUGGGAGCCUCGAGGGUUCUGUCUGUGUCGAUGGUCGACCAGUAACGGCGAGCUAUAUGAAGAAGGUGUCUUCGUAUGUGAUGCAGGAUGAUCAGUUGUUUCCUGUGCUGACAGUGUUUGAGACAUUCAUGUUUGCUGCAGAAGUGAGACUGUCGCCUUCGAUUUCGAAGUCUGAGAAGAAACGUCGGGUUUGGGAGCUAUUAGAACAACUUGGUUUACAGACAACGGCACACACAUACAUUGGAGAUGAAGGCAGACGAGGAGUAUCAGGAGGCGAACGCAGGAGGGUAUCAAUUGGUAUCGACAUUAUACACAAACCCUCACUAUUAUUCCUCGACGAGCCAACAUCUGGCCUCGACUCAACCAGUGCUUACAGUGUAGUCGAGAAAGUUAAAGACAUAGCGAGAGGAGGUAGCAUCGUUCUCAUGACCAUCCACCAACCUUCCUUCAGAAUCCAAACGCUUCUCGAUCGAAUCACUGUACUUGCAAGAGGGAGAUUGAUAUUCUUAGGGAGUCCAACCGCACUCCCAUCGUAUCUCGCUGGCUUCGGUCGCCCAGUUCCAGAAGGCGAAAACAGCAUGGAGUACCUCCUCGAUGUUGUUAAGGAGUAUGAUGAAUCUACCCUCGGUCUCGGUCUCGAGCCUCUAGUCCUCUACCAAAGAGAUGGCCUAAAACCUAACCAAGCUGCAAGAACUCCGAUCCCAAAGACUCCCAAGACUCCUCAUCAAAAAUCCCGCCAUAUUCCCCUCCGUAGCCAAAACUUCUCCUCUACUGGCGGUCUCACCCCAUACCAAACAGACUACAACUCCUACGUUGAACAUGAUCUCGAUGGCGAAGAUGAAGAUGAGUUUGAUAACUCCUUAGAGAGAAAAGCACAAACUCCACUGCCCAGCGGAGUUUACCCAAGACUCGCGUCGCAAUUCUACAAAGAUUUCUCCGUUUGGAUAUACAACGGCGUAAAAGGCACGCCUCAUCGUCGACCGUCGUGGACUCCGGCUCGAACACCCAGCCGAACUCCAGCAAAGACACCGGCCUACUUCCGACCCCAAUUCACCACAACACCACAAGCAUUUGCUCCCCAAACUCCGGCGUUCACUCCGCAAGUGAUGCCUCCUCCGCCGCAAGCUCUCGACGACGAUCACUCCGACGAAGCAAAAUUCACGAAUCCGUGGCACCGGGAGGUGUGGGUUCUCUCCUGGCGAACGAUGCUCAACGUUGUGCGCACGCCCGAGCUCUUCCUCUCUCGAGAGAUCGUUCUCACCGUCAUGGCAUUAAUUCUCUCCUCCCUUUUUCACAACCUCCACGCCCACAACUUCACCACCGUAAACCGCCUCCUCAACUUCUACAUCUUCGCCGUAUGCCUCGUUUUCUUUUCCUCCAAUGACGCCGUCCCCACGUUCAUCCAAGAACGCUUCAUCUUCAUCCGCGAGACCUCCCACAAUGCAUACCGCGCCUCCUCCUAUGUCAUCUCCUCACUCAUCGUCUACCUCCCCUUCUUCGCAGUCCAAGGACUAACAUUCGCGGCGAUCACCAAGCUCUGGCUAAAGCUCAAUAGUAGCCUCCUCUACUUCUGGCUGAUCCUCUACGCGUCGCUCAUCACCACCAAUGCAUACGUGAUGCUCGUCAGCGCACUAGUGCCAAGCUACAUCACGGGCUAUGCUGUGGUCAUCGCCACCACCGCGCUCUUCUUCUUGACGUGCGGUUUUUUCCUGAAACGGGCUCAGAUACCGAUAUACUGGAGGUGGCUGCACUACAUAUCGGCGAUCAAGUACCCGUUUGAGGCAUUGCUGACGAACGAGUUCAAAACCGACACUUGCUAUUUCGGAAGCCCGAGCGAGUUGUCGCCGGGGCCGUUGGGGGAGAUCAAGCUCAGCAAGCUUCAUACUAAGAACGUGACAUGCCCGUUGAUAGGAGAGGAUGUGCUGUCGAGUAUGGGGAUUCAAAUGGAGAGCGUGUGGGAGGAUAUUGCGAUAUUGCUGGCUUGGGGAGUGCUCUACAGGUUGUUCUUUUACAUGGUGCUUAGAUUCUAUUCAAAGAAUGAGAGGAAGUAAAUGAACUUGUGACAUUGUUCAUGAAUUGUGCUUUUAUUUGUCUGAAAUGAUGAGUAAAAUGCCCGAGAGAGAAGUUAUGUAGAAAUUGUUGCUAGCAAGAAUUCAGUAAGU